AUGGAGUUGAGCGAAUACGACAUCCAGUUCGAACCCAGAACUGCAUUGAAAGGGCAAGCAGUGGCCGAUUUCAUCUCGGAGCUCACCCCACCGCCUCAGUCGGCUGAGUCCGAUCUCUCGUGGAUGAUCUACGUUGAUGGAUCUUCCAAUGAGAGAGGGUGCGGAGCAAGGAUCCUCUUGCUCGCACUGAGUGGCAUGAGGUUCGAGUAUGCCUUGCGGUUCAACUUUCGGACUUCAAACAAUGAGGCCGAGUACGAAACACUUUUGGCAGGCUUACGCAUUGCAAAAGGACUAGGGGUCAUCCACAUCAAGGUCUUUAGUGACUCCAAAUUGGUCGUAAAUCAGAUUAAGGAAGAGUAUCAAACAAAAGACCCCCGGAUGGAAAAAUAUUUAAGCAAAGUCAGAUCGCUGACUGGUGGUUAUGCUGCACGCACUAAGCGUGCCAAGUUGGCAUCAGCAUAUGAGACCGACCUGGCCAGAUCAGUCCCGGUUGAGAUCUUGGACAAUUCUUCGAUCUUGGAGCCAUAUAUGAUGGAGGUUGACACUCCAGCACCCUUGUGGAUGGACCCAAUCGUGGAGUUCAUCAAAGGAAAUCCGCUGCUAGAUUCAAAAGAGCAAAAGAAAAUGGCUCGAAAAGCAGCUCGAUUCAUACUCCGGGAUGGAGCACUGUACCGACGUGGCUUCUCCCUGCCUCUGAUUAAGUGUGUAACUCCUGAAGAGGGCAUUUACAUCCUUAGGGAAAUCCAUGAGGGAGUGUGUGGAAACCACUCUGGCGUCGGGUCGUUAUCGGCCAAGGUGGUCCAACAAGGGUAUUACUGGCCCACCGUUGAUCAGGAUGCCAAACAGUUUGUGAAAGCCUGCGAUAACUGUCAGCGCUUUGCAAACAUUAUCCAUCAACCUCCCGAGCUGCUCACUCCCAUCUCGGCCCCGUGGCCAUUCGCACAAUGGGGAGUAGAUAUCAUAGGUCAUUUUCCUCUUGGCAAGGGGGAAACCAAAUUCAUCGUUGUCGCUGUGGAAUACUUCACCAAGUGGGCCGAGGCCGAGGCGCUCUCUCACAUCACGAAGUCCAGAGUCACAUCUUUCAUAUAG